GCGCCAAACUCCAAAGCCGGGAGGCGUAGCAAGGGACUUUUGGCGCGGGCUGGCGGGAUCGUCUCCUCUAGCCGGAGUGGGUCUUUUUUUCAGCUAAAUUUUAAUAUUUUGCUUGGUCCUUUUGAAGUCUCCAUUGGAAAGGAGCCGUCUUUGGAGCUCUUGGUUUGCACCGUUUCGUUUAUCCAAAGGCGCGUUUUGUGCAAGAGACCCAGGAGCUCAGAAGUUGCUUUUGCCAGAAAUACUGCCAUAAUGUGGAUCCAAGUGCGAACCAUGGAUGGAAAGGAAACUCAUCGAAUGGAUUCCCUUUCCAAGCUGACCAAAGUGGAAGACCUCCGGAAAAGGGUAUAUAAAGUGUUCCGAGUGGCACCUGAUAGACAAAGGCUCUUCUACAGAGGCAAACAGAUGGAGGAUGGUCAUUCCCUUUUUGAUUACAGCGUUGGCUUGAAUGAUAUUGUUCAGCUGCUGGUCAGACAGAGCCCCAGCAGGAUGCCUCCGGGUAACAAAGAAAAGGACUCUGAACUGUCAGACACAGAUUCUGGUUGUGGCUCUGGGCAAAGCGAGUCUGACAAGAGCUCCAAUAAUGGGGAAGUGGCUUUGGAAAUGGAGGUGCAGCCAAGCACAUCUGCUCAGGCUGACAUGAUGAACUUGGUGGACCCUGGUUUUGGAUACUAUAAGAUCAAUGAGUUGGUUGAUGCUCGAGAUACAAGCAUGGGGGCCUGGUUUGAAGCACAGGUUGUAAACGUGACUCUGAAAGAGGAGAUCAACAAGGAGAACGAGAGCGAUGAGGAAUCUGAGCUUCCAGAAGCUGUUGCGGAGGAGGAUGUUAUAUAUCAUGUGAAAUAUGAAGACUACCCAGAGAAUGGUGUCAUCCAGCUGAGCUCCAAAAAUGUGCGUGCUCGUGCCAGGACAAUUCUGAAGUGGGAAGAACUGGAAAUUGGAGAUGUUGUCAUGUUGAAUUACAACCCUGAUGACCCAAAGGAGAGGGGAUUUUGGUAUGAUGCCAAGAUCCUACAAAAACGAGAAACCCGAACGUACAAGGAGUUGUACGCCAAGAUAGUUCUUGGUAAUGCUGGAAAUACCUUAAAUGACUGUCGAAUUACCCUUGUAGAUGAGAUCUACAAGAUUGAACAGCCUGGGUGCGCUGUCCCACUGACUGCUGAGAGCCCCAUGAAAAGGCCCAGUGGACCAGUAUGUAAGCACUGCAAGGACAACCCUAACAAGCCCUGCCGGAUGUGUGCCUGUCACGUGUGUGGAGGGAAAGAGAGCCCUGAGAAGCAGCUGAUGUGUGAUGAGUGUGACAUGGCUUUCCAUAUCUACUGCCUCAGCCCUCCUCUUAGCAGAAUACCUGAGGAUGAUGACUGGUACUGCCCUGAGUGUCGGACUGAUGCAAGCGAAGUGGUGUUGGCUGGGGAGAGGCUCAAAGAAAGCAAGAAGAAAUCGAAAAUGGCAUCUGCUAACUCGUCCUCUCAGCGGGACUGGGGCAAGGGCAUGGCGUGUGUGGGCCGCUCAAGAGAAUGUACCAUCGUUCCAUCAAACCAUUAUGGACCAAUCCCUGGGGUUCCCGUUGGCACCAUGUGGAAGUUCAGAGUCCAGGUGAGCGAAUCUGGCGUCCACAGGCCCCAUGUGGCGGGUAUCCAUGGAAGAAGCAAUGAUGGUGCCUAUUCUCUGGUCCUGGCAGGAGGCUAUGAAGAUGACAUAGAUCACGGGAAUUCGUUCACUUACACUGGAAGUGGAGGACGAGACCUUUCUGGAAACAAGCGUACGGCUGAACAAUCUUGCGAUCAGAAGCUCACCAACAUGAACAGGGCUCUGGCACUGAACUGCAGUGCUCCAAUCAAUGAUAGAGACGGAGCAGAGGCCAAGGACUGGAGAUCUGGGAGGCCCGUCAGAGUGGUGCGGAAUGUGAAGGGGGGCAAACACAGCAAAUAUGCCCCCGUUGAGGGGAACAGAUACGAUGGCAUUUACAAGGUUGUGAAGUACUGGUCUGAAACAGGGAAAUCUGGAUUCUUGGUGUGGCGUUAUCUGCUCAGGAGAGAUGAUGAGGAGCCAGCCCCCUGGACCCGGGAAGGGAAGGAGAGGAUGAAAAGGCUUGGGCUGACCAUGCAGUAUCCUGAAGGGUAUCUAGAAGCUAUUGCAAAUAAAGAUAAAGAAAAUGACAGUACACUUGAGGAAGAAUUUGAAACUCCGGAUAAAGGAAAGAGGAAAAGAAAAUCUGAUAAUGGGAGACGGUCUUCUGUGUCUCCAGCCGCCACGCCAAAGAAGACCAAAGUGGAGGCCUACAAACUCACUGCCCAGCAGAAAGCUGGGAUCAAAGCUGACAAAGCCAAUGCCAAGCUGUGGAAUGAAGCUCUCGAAGCCCUUAAAGAUGGACCGAAAUUCCUGAAGAAAGUGGAAGAAACCUUCUUGUGCAUUUGCUGUCAGGAGGUGGUGUUUGAGCCAAUCACAACAGUGUGCCAACACAAUGUUUGCAAGGACUGCCUGGACCGAUCCUUCAGAGCAGAAGUCUACAGCUGCCCAGCAUGUCGCAACGAUCUCGGCAAAAACUACACAAUGGAAGUGAACCAAACGCUGCAGACUCUCCUAAAUCAGCUCUUCCCAGGGUACGGCAAUGGACGGUGAUUCCACAAAGCACUUCUCAUUUCCUGUGCUCCCUUCCCUCUUUGAAAAAACUUUUAAGUGGUGUUUUGGUGGGGUUUUAUUUAAAUAGCUUUUUCAGAAAAGCCUCUGUCCCCUUUGCCUCCUUUUGGCCCCGGCCAACAAUAAAGGUUGAUGAACCCAUUUGUGUAUUUUUGUGUGAAUGCUUUCUUUUAAGGAAAAGAAAAGAGUAAAAGCUUGAUAUGAGCACAGACUUUAAGGAAUUACAAAUUUGUUUAUUUUGUGUGUGCUACUAGAUAGGACAGAAUUAAGUUCCUGAAGGAAUGGUGUUCACUCCCUUAAAAAAAAAAGACACCUAGUACAUAGUUUGUUGCUAGAACAAUCUCUUGAAACUUAUGGAUUUUGGCCAUAUUUUAAAAAUCUUUUUUUUGGCAGCUUUUUUUUUGAUGCUCUGUGAAUCGACUUUUCUGCUUAGGGUUUAGCACCUAGGUAAUUUGAGAACUCCCUAUCUUUCUCCCCCACCCCAACCCGAUUUUGUAUCCAAGUUGAAAUCCCUUCUAUACCACUUGUCUUAAGGGCUUUUGUGUAAAAGUUAAAAGUUACUACCUCAGUCUCUGCAUAUAUACCAGGCCUGAUGUUGCUUCCGCCCUGGAGUGUCACACAGGAAAACAAAUGAAAGUCAUUUGGAAGUGCCUUUUUGGGUCCUUUUAUUUUUGCUGAAAGACUGAGCUUUGACAUGUUUUCUAAAAAAAGAAUGAACGAGAGAAAGCGCUGAAAUUUUUCUCAACUGCCAACAAGAUUUUGUUCUUGCGAUUAUGAAACAGAACACCGUAGCUCUCUAGAUCAUUAAUGUGACAUCCAGCUGUGUAAUUUUUUUCUACUGCCACAUGUAUUCUGCUAAUUCUGAAUCUUGUUCUUAGAUAUGUAACUAGCAUUGUAUUCUUAAAUGGAAAUACUUGGUUGUAUAAGAAGGUGGGAGCAGGUCGAUCUUGUUUCAACAAUACCAAAACUCAACAGCUCAGUACUUCAGCAUAAAACAGGGAUGAUACUUAGAAUCACUUUUCAUUUCAGACAGACUGGAACAAAUGUGUUUUUUUUUACAGAUGUGUUUUAGCUUUUUUACAAAUCUAUAAUAUUGUUUGAAAAAGUUACUUUUAGUCAUGCUAAAUGUUGCCACACUUUUGUAUAAUGUGCAAACAAAAGUUCUAAAAAUAAAAGACCUUUUCAUAGAAAA